AUGUCUCAAGAUUUCGUUACGUUAGUAUCAAAAGAUGAUAAGGAAUAUGAGAUAUCACGAUCUGCUGCGAUGAUUUCACCGACGUUAAAAGCUAUGAUUGAGGGACCCUUCAGGGAAAGCAAAGGCCGAAUAGAGCUCAAGCAGUUUGACUCGCAUAUUCUAGAAAAGGCUGUGGAAUAUUUAAAUUAUAAUUUGAAGUACAGCGGCGUUAGCGAGGACGAUGAUGAGAUUCCAGAGUUUGAAAUACCGACAGAAAUGUCGUUAGAGCUGCUACUUGCGGCGGACUAUUUGAGUAUAUAG